GAAUUUUGUGACGCUUUUUUGGAACUUGAAGCGUCUUUAAAAAAGCUUUCUUUUGUCGACUCGACCAAUUUGUGCUGUGUGUGACAUUCACAAUCACCAGCAAAAACCGAAUAUCAGAGCUUCGGGACUCAGAAGACCAAGAGACGCAAAACACCGAGCUGAGUUAGCCAUGGACCUCGACAUGGAUUCCAUGGCAGCGACGAUUGGGGUCUCCGUACCGGUGCUCCGGUUCCUCCUCUGCUUCGUUGCCACCAUACCCAUCAGUUUCCUCUGGCGAUUCGUACCGGGUCGAUUCGCCAAGCAUCUCUACGCCGCCGGAACUGGCGCGUGUCUCUCCUACCUCUCCUUUGGUUUCUCUUCCAAUCUGCAUUUCUUGGUACCAAUGUUACUGGGUUAUGCUUCCAUGGUUCUGUUUCGCCGCCAAUGUGGAAUCCUCACAUUCUUCUUGGGAUUCGGCUAUCUCAUUGGUUGCCAUGUAUACUACAUGAGUGGAGAUGCAUGGAAGGAGGGAGGAAUUGAUGCAACUGGAGCCUUGAUGGUGUUAACAUUAAAAGUUAUCUCGUGUGCAAUAAAUUAUAAUGAUGGGAUUUUGAAAGAGGAAGAUUUGCGUGAACCUCAGAAGAAAAACCGGUUGGUUAAGUUGCCUUCUCUGCUUGAGUACUUUGGUUACUGCCUUUGCUGUGGUAGCCACUUUGCUGGUCCAGUUUUUGAAAUGAAGGAUUAUCUUGACUGGACUGAAAGAAAAGGGAUUUGGAGUCCUUCAGAUAAAGGACCAUCACCAUUCGGGGCAACGAUUCGAGCUUUACUCCAAGCUGCUUUUUGUAUGGCCUUGUAUUUGUAUCUGGUACCCUAUUUUCCCCUGUCCCGAUUUAGCGAUCAAAUCUACCAAGAAUGGGGAUUCUGGAAACGAUUGGGCUACCAGUAUAUGUCUGGAUUUACAGCACGUUGGAAAUAUUAUUUUAUCUGGUCAAUUUCAGAGGCUUCUAUCAUUAUUUCUGGCCUGGGUUUCAGUGGUUGGACAUCGUCUUCACCACCAAAGCCACGAUGGGAUCGUGCAAAAAAUGUUGAUAUUUUAGGUGUUGAGUUAGCAAGGAGUGCCGUUGAGUUGCCAAUUGUGUGGAACAUACAAGUCAGCACCUGGCUUCGUCAUUAUGUUUAUGAUAGGCUUGUUCAGAAAGGAAAGAAACCUGGUUUCUUCCAGUUGCUGGCGACUCAGACUGUCAGUGCCAUUUGGCAUGGAUUAUAUCCUGGGUACAUCAUAUUCUUUGUCCAGUCGGCAUUGAUGAUUGCUGGUUCUAGAGUCAUUUACAGAUGGCAGCAAGCCGUACCACCAAAUAUGGCUCUUGUGAAGAAGAUACUGGCGUUUCUGAACUUUGCUUACACUGUCCUGGUUCUAAACUACUCCUGUGUUGGUUUUAUGGUAUUAAGCCUGCAUGAAACGCUGGCCUCAUAUGGGAGCGUGUAUUAUGUCGGAACGAUUCUUCCCGUAGUGCUGAUCCUCCUCAGCUACAUAAUUAAGCCAGCGAAGCCUGUGAAGUCCAAAUCUCGGAAAGAUCAGUGAGUUUAGGAAUCACAGUUAUCUUCUCUUGUGAGGUGCUUGGAAAUGAGUUUGGGAGGAAACUGUUUUUCCAAGUUUCUCCAUUGUUAAUUUACCAAAAAAAGUUUCUCCAUUGUUACUCAGAUGAUAUGUGACAUCUGUUAUUGACAUGUGAAAUUGUUAAGCCUCUUCACAUUUUGAAUUCAAUGGCAUUAAAUUUCCAUUAA